GUGUAUAGCGACGGGAAUGUUCUGGGUCUUUUGAACAGAUAGAAAACCAUUGACCAUAUAUAUAUGUUUUGUUGAAAUUGAGCGAGUUAGCUGGUAGCAGUUCUGUUGAGAAUUCGUGGCAUAUAACGCCAUGGAUAUGCCACCGCCUCCGGAGGACCAAGAGCUGAGGAAUGUCAUUGACAAGCUGGCCCAGUUUGUGGCCCGCAAUGGGCCUGAAUUUGAGAAGAUGACAAUGGAGAAGCAGAAGGAAAAUCCCAAAUUUUCCUUCCUAUUUGGCGGCGAGUUUUUCAACUACUACAAGUACAAGUUAGCCAUUGAACAGCAACAGCAUUCUACUACACACGAAUGUGAGGAGUAUAAGUUGGAAGUAAUGUGUAAGCAGCCAGGGCAGGAGCCCCCAGAUGGCCCUCUUCCGAUGGCCAUGAUGCCACCGCCCCCCAUCCCUCCAGCCACGCCCUCAGUGGAUGAGCUCAUCCAGCAGAGCCAGUGGAACCUGCAGCAGCAGGAACAGCACCUGCACAAUCUCAGACAGGAGCAGGUGACGGCCGCCAUUGCCCUGGCCAUGGAGCAACAGACACAGAAGCUGCUGGUGGAGACUCAGCUAGACAUGGCAGAGUUUGACAGCCUACUUCAACCCAUCAUUGACACAUGCACAAAAGAUGCCAUCUCGGCUGGCAAAAACUGGAUGUUCAACAACGCCAAGUCACCCCAGCACUGCGAGCUGAUGACCAGGCACCUCCGUAACCGCAUCACUGCAGAUGGGGCUCACUUUGAGCUCCGCCUGCACCUCAUCUAUCUCACCAAUGACGUCCUCCAUCACUGCCAGAGGAAGCAGCAGAGGGACCUGCUUGCUGCACUGCAGAAGGUGGUCGUGCCCAUUUACUGCACAAGCUUCCUGGCUGUAGAGGAGGACAAGCAGCAGAAAAUAGCCAGGUUGCUCCAGCUGUGGGAGAAGAAUGGCUACUUUGAUGAGGUGACGAUCCAGCAGCUGCAGAGUCCAGCCCUGGGCCUAGGCCAGUACCAGGCUUCACUGAUCACGGAGUACGCAGCUGUGGUGCAGCCCAUACAGCUGGCCUUCCAGCAGCAGAUCCAGACCCUCAAGUCCCAGCACGAGGAGUUUGUCGCCAACCUGAAGCAGCAGCACACUGCAGCGGCAGCAGUGGCUGGGCAGCUGCCUCCAGGAGACGGUGAGGUGAAGCCUCCUCCACAGGGGACUGCAGUGACCUCACAGCCUGGAGAAGUGAAGCCGCCCAUGGCUGUGCCACCCCCAGGAGACUAUGAUGGGACCCAGGCCAGACCUCCAGAUCCCCUUUCUGCUGCUGCCACCCCCAGUGGCCCCAGUGACUCCAUCCCAGCCAACAAGCCUGGCUGGUUUGACCCCCAGCAUAACAUCUCUGCAUGGGCCCCUCAGCAGCCGCCCCCUCCUUUCGACCCGACGCAGGCCCCCCCGCCGUGCCCCCCCUGGAACAGCCACGAGGGCAUGUGGAACGAGCAGCGCGACCCCAGCUGGAGCGGCCCGCGGGAGAGCGGCCCCUGGAGCGGCCAGCCCGAGCCGCCGCCAGCCUGGAGCGGCCAGUACGAGCAGCCGCCCUGGAGCAGCCAGCCCGAGCAGCCGCCCUGGGGUCAGAGGGAGCCUCCCUUUCGAAUGCAGCGCCCCCCGCACUUCCGAGGCCCAUUCCCCCCGCACCAGCAGCCCCCUCCGUUUAACCAGCCCCCCCAUCCGCCGCAUAACUUUGGCCGCUUCCCGCCACGCUUCAUGCAGGACGAUUUCCCCCCGCGCCAUCACUUUGAGCGGCCCCCCUACCCGCCUCAUCGCUUUGACUACCCGCAGGGGGACUUCCCAGGAGAGCUCGGGCCUCCUCCACACCACCACCCCAGCCAGAGGAUUCCCCCUCCGGGAAUGUCAGAACACCCACCCUGGGGGGGCAAUCAGCACCCUGACUUUGGCCCCCCGCCCCACGGCUUUAAUGGCCAGUCUCCCCACAUGAGACGUCAAGCCCCCUCCCACGUCAACCAGGAUGACCCCAGCCUGGUGCCCAAUGUCCCGUACUUUGACCUGCCCGCUGGACUUAUGGCUCCCUUGGUGAAGCUGGAAGACCAUGAUUACAAGCCCUUGGAUCCUAAAGACAUCCGCCUGCCACCCCCUAUGCCCCCCAGCGACAGGCUCCUGGCAGCUGUGGAGGCCUUCUACAGCCCCCCGUCCCAUGACCGGCCCAGGAACAGUGAGGGCUGGGAGCAGAAUGGCCUGUAUGAGUUCUUCCGAGCAAAGAUGAGAGCCAGGAGGAAAAAGGGGCAGGAGAAGCGCAGCAGCGCCCGAGGAAGCCGCUCGCGCAGUCGCUCUCGCAGCAGAGGCAGGUCCUCGUCCCGCUCCAGCUCCAGGUCCUCCAAGUCGUCGCGCUCCUCCUCCCGAUCCGGUUCCCGCUCCAGGUCUCGCUCCUACUCCAGAUCUCGCUCCAGAAGCAGGAGCGGCUCCCGCUCGUCCCGCAGUCACUCUCGCUCCCGCUCCCGAUCCAGAUCCCGAUCCCCGGACAAGAGGCGUCGCACCAAGUCCCGCAGCCCCACUCCCCCGUCUACUUCUGGGCUUGGUGCUGCUGCCUCCACCCUGCCCCCGGACCUUAGGCUGGGAGAGGAGAAUAAGGGCCAUCAGAUGCUAAUGAAAAUGGGAUGGAGUGGCUCAGGGGGGCUUGGAGCCAAGGAACAGGGCAUCCAGGAUCCUAUUAAAGGGGGGGACAUUCGGGACAAGUGGGACCAGUACAAAGGAGUAGGGGUAUCACUGGAUGACCCUUACGAGAACUACCGUCGGAACAAGAGUUACAAUUUUGUUGCCCGUAUGAAGGCCAGGGAAGAAGUGAACCGGGAGCCCCAGGAGCCUUCAACUACAGAGUGAUGUGGAAAGCUGCGAUUUCAGAAUCCCCAGAAUCCAUCAGCAGGUGGAAUCCUGCUCAAACAGUUUUUAUAGUCAACACUUGGGCCCCAUCAAUAUUUUUGCCUCUGUUAUAUCUGAUGACAAAUGUAUCUGUGACAACCAAAAUAACAAGGGUCCUACAAACUGAAAGGUGGAAUGUUUUGUAGUCUAGAUACAUUUUUUUCUAAGAAAAAAAGAAAAAGAAAAAUCUGUUAUUCAUAUUCAAGACAUCUAGUCAGAUUGUGUACUGGAAAUAAUGUAGAGUACAGUGAUUUGUUUUUUUUAAACUUACAAACAGUAAGAAUCAUUUUCCACAGUAAUUUGUGUUUCAC